AUGUCUAUCUUACCCAAACUACAGUACCUCUUCCGUACACUUCCCCUAUCACUCCCUCUAGCUUACUUUAAAGGUGUUCACAAAGACAUGUCCAAAUUCAUCUGGGCAGGCUUCAGACCUAGAGUGGCCAUGAAGGUGUUCCAAGCUCCAACAAAAGAGGGAGGCCUUGCAGUCCCCUAUAAAAAGACUUACCACCACGCCUCCAUACUGGCCACGGUGCUGCCUCAUUUUCUCGGAGGCCCCAAGCCCCAAUGGGUGGCCACAGAUGGUAAUUGGAUACUGCCCUUCAACCUCCCAGCAUGUUAUGGCUACUUAAACACUCAGGCCACCCUUAUCGUCAGCGCCGCCUCAGAUUACCUUAACUCUCCAGGUUUGGGAUACCUGCAGGUCUAG